AUGAGUAUUGGUGUGGGCGACAUCUUUAAAAUAUUAUGUUCGGACGGUGUCAUAAAAACCUGCAAAGCUGGCUGGUCUCACGUUGGCUAUGUGAUUCACUAUAAGAAGAACAUUCAAAAACUUGAAGAUGAAAUUGUGAGACUUGAUGAUGAGUGGAGAAGGAUCGAUGGAAGUGCCCAGAGAGCCAGAGACAAUGCAGAAGUCGUUGAGAAUGAUGUUUGGAUGUGGCUAAUGUCCGUGUAUGGGAUGAAAGCAGAAGUCGAGGUGUUUCUAUUAGACAUGGUAAGGGAAAACAAGUCGUGCUUCAAAUGCUCGUGUCCAAAUAUUCAUUGGCGUUACUGGCUAGGCAAGGAGUCCAAAGAGAAGAUUGCUGGUGUUAUUACCCUAAAAGAGGAGGGCGCCAAGUUUAUGACAUGCCCACUGUCGCACCGCGCACCUCUCCCAGACGUUGGAUUCACAUUCUCUGCAAAUUAUGAAGCAUUUGAUUCAAGGAAACACAUCUUCGAGGAGAUCAUAAGAUCGUUGAAAGAUCCUAGCAUUAAAAUGAUUGGCAUUUACGGACCAAGCGGUGUUGGCAAGACGACAAUGGUGGAAGAGGUUCGCCAACUAGCAAAGAGAAAUGGGCUGUUUCAUUCCGUCGCAAUGACAACUGUGUCCAAAGCUGUGGAAAAGGAAAAAGUUCAAGGUGAACUGGCAAGUCAAUUGGGACUAAAGCUAGAUGAGUAUGGAAGAGCAGGUCAACUAUUGAAUAGACUGAGGAAUGGGCAAAAAACCCUUGUAAUAUUGGACGACGUUUGGGAGCCACUUGACUUGGCAGAUAUUGGAAUUCCUACUACAGAUGGUGGUAACAACGAGCAACUUAACUUGCCAGAUAUUGGAAUUCCUUUUACAACUGGUAGUGAUAUGGGCUGCAAAGUUGUGAUAACUACACGGAAACAACGUGUGUGCCAAAUGAUGCAAAAGUCUAGUGAACUAAAAAAUUUCCCAAUUCAUGUGUUAACAAAGACAGAAGCAUGGAGCCUAUUUACGAAGGUGGCUGAAAUUUCUGUGGACUCUGAAAUCCCUUCUGAAGCAAAGGAAGUGUGUGACAAAUGUGGAGGCUUGCCCGUUGCUAUACGUGCCGUUGCAGCAGCAUUGAAAGGCAAGGCAGAGCAUGCGUGGAAAGAUGCACUGCGACAACUUAAAAAUUACAAGAUAAAAGAAAUUGCGGAUAUCGAUCCAAAUUUGUUCAUCUCAUUAAAAUGGAGCUAUGAUCGUCUAGAGCCCAAGGAUGCACGGUCAUGCUUCUUGCUUUGCUCUUUGUUUAAAGAAGAUGCUGAGAUUUCAAUUGACGAAUUAGUGAGAUAUAGCAUUGGCAUGAGGUUACUUGAUCAAAACCUGAAUAUAUUUGAUGAAGUAAGAGAUAGAGUACUUGCGAUGGUUGAUGUCCUCAAAAUAUCUUGUUUGUUGUUAGAUGGCAGAAAUGAAAGUGUGGUCAAAAUGCAUGAUAUUAUUCGAGAUGUUGCUAUAUCGAUCACGGAAGAUAAGCAUGUUGUUCCAACCCACAUGCAUGAAAAACGUGGGAAGGCAACCAACCAAGUCAAGCUUGGCAGCCACCAACCAUAG